GAGGUCAGCAAUCGAUAGUCGGCCUCUGGCCCAAACAGUUACAAUGGAACAGCAACACCAGCCAGUGGAGAGAUUAAAAGUCAGGCUGCUGCCUGCGGGCACGGGUGAGGAGCGGGCCGGUAAUGUCAUUGCCCACGUGGUAGUGGAGGGUCAUCAGGCAUCCCUGGUGCCGUACAUUGAUGAUCAGAGCUGCGAGAAGGUCACAGUGCUCUCCCAGCUGGAGGCAACUGCUCCGCCUGCAGUCCAGCAGCCUCGCUUGCGGUACUAUGCCGUCGGCCCCUCGACCUACAAGCUGCUGUGUCCGCUGUGCCGCGAGAGGAGCGAGGCGGCCGUGAUGCGUGCGGCCAGUUGCAAAGAUGCCAGUUGCUGCCUCAGCCUGCUCUCCUGCAUCUUCCCGCUUUUCUGGAUCUGCUGCGUGUGCACCUGGUGCGGCUGCAACCGGGAGUGGACCACCAAAGGCGUCUACUGCAGCCACUGCGGCGGCAAGGUGGGGAUCCAGCGCAAGGCCAAGUAGUCGUUGGACCAAUUAAAAUGGAAUUAAUGCCAAAUAUUUUCACAUCUAAUUCUAUUACGCAUCUAACUCAAUUAAAGAAAUGUUCAAAUAAA